GCUGACUGCAUUUUCGGAACAUCUGAAGAGUCGAGUUGCGCCACCGAGUGCAUCGCUGUCUCUUCGUCCCGCGCCGCCCACAAGCUCGUAGCGCCUUCACGUUACUGCGCUCGCACUCGUCUACACGCUGGUUGAGCUCUUCGCGUUGCAAGCCUGCAGGAAUUUCUCGUAAUAACUCCUAGAGACUCGGAACAAUGGAGGGCCAAGUGGUGGAGCUCACUGAGGCCGAACAAGCCCAGCACCAGCUGCAGAUGGAGCAGCAACUCAAGUCCUUCUGGGCCAAGCAGUUGCUGGAGAUGGAGCAGCUUGAAGUCGGCAGCGAACAAGACUUCAAGAACCACAACGAUCUGCCACUUGCGCGCAUCAAACGCAUCAUGAAGUCGGACGAGGACGUUCGCAUGAUCAGCGCCGAGGCGCCUGUGCUGUUCGCCAAGGCCUGCGAGAUGUUCAUCUUGGAACUGACGCUGCGUUCGUGGGGAUACUCGGAGAAGAACAAGCGACGAACGCUGCAGAAGGAGGACAUCCAGACGGCCAUUAGGAACACGGACAUCUUCGACUUCCUCGUGGACGUCAUCAACUAAGGAAACUGCUGAAUGUACAGUCACCCUCAGAAGGUGACGAUCUUGGACAGAACCCGAUAAAAAAGAAAAAUUGUUUUGAAGGACUUGAAAGAGAUGCCUCUUGUGAAACGAGAUGCUAUGUAGAUGUAACAAGUCACUCGUCUUCAGCUUCACAGCGGAGUAUAAUGUUACGCGAAUGUCGUGUCAAGAACAUCUACCUUCGCACAACAUUCAAUCCACGUCAUCGAUUUUGAUAGCCG